ACGAAAGUUUGGUCCACACCCAGUAAAUUUACAAUAAAUUAAAUAAAAAGGAUUUUACCCAUAUUGAAUUCUUUGAAACAUUAACAAUAUGAAUUCAGAUUUGUGUAGAGUUUGCCUGCGAGCAGGAUCACUAAGGAGCAUAUUUGCAAAAUUAAAUUCUGAUACGAUAUCGACAAAAAUUAUGGCUAUUGCUAAUGUUCAAAUCCACAUAAACGAUGGUUUGCCAAGCUGUAUUUGUUCAAUUUGUUUGAAAAACCUGAGAACCUGUCACAAGUUUAUAGAUGUUUGCGAAGACUCUGACUUGAAACUCAGGAAUUUAUUACAUGGUGCCGAUGAUGAAGAUACAUGCUCACAAACAAUAAAAUCAGAAGACAAUACUAAUAAUCCCUCAGAUUAUGAGCCACCUAUCAUGGAAAUAACUGUGCCCCCUAUCAAAAAUAACACUGAUGCAGAUGGGCAAAAUACUCAAAAUGGAAUUCAAAAAAUGGAGAAUGUAGAAAAGACCAACAAUAGUCUUAAAAUUAAACACAAAUCCCGUAAAGUACAAUGUCCCACCUGUGGUAGAGUUAUGUCUUCUAUACUUUCUUUUUUUAGGUUCCGUUUGAAGACACAUCUAAGGACCCACACAGGAGAGAAGCCAUUUUCUUGUCCUCAUUGUUCCAAAUCAUUUUCUUUACAACAAAACCUUAAAGUACACAUAAGAGUGCACACUGGUGAAAAGCCGCUAACAUGUUCUGUGUGUGGUGAGUCAUUUGCCCAUACUGCCGGUCUGGUGACCCACAGACGGAAGCACUCUGGUCAGACCCCAUACCACUGCAGCCUGUGCCCCCGGAGCUUCAGGACCCCAGGCCAUCUUCAGUAUCAUACAAGGUCCCACACUGGCGAAAAAAAGUUCGAGUGCGAGACUUGCGACCGAGCCUUCAUAAUGAAGAGUGACUUGAAGCAACACCAGCGCGUCCACAGUGGCGACAAGCCCCACGUCUGCUGCACGUGCGGGCUGCGGCUCGCCCGCGCCUCGCAUCUCAAGCGGCACAUGGCAACACACGGGCAUGGGAAGAAAGAGGAUUCGGCUGAUGUUGGGAAAGAAAAACUAAAUGUUUGCAGUUGAUGUCUAGCUUUGUAAUUGAAUAAAUAUUUUGAUUAUUUCAAUAAAAUA